GAAUCCGGCUCCAUCUACGAACAGUGGAGUCUGGUAUGUUUUUGUAAUGAUUUUUGUCUGAGAUUCGGGAGCCAAGGAGACAUCCGUUUUUAUAGCAAUCUUGCUGCCAUGAUGUACAGCUGUGUGAAGACGGUGGCCAUCCCAGGUAGGAAAAAGGCCCCAACCACAGAGCUCCUCCAAAGGCAUUCUCUCUCUUCUCCAUCAAGAAUGCUCAGCGCUUCUGCCUCGUGCCUUUCUUUUGCUCCUUUGCCAGGGCAGAGGGCACUUGGCAUGGUCGAUGUGAGAUGUUAGGGCCUGGCACACAACCAUUCCCUCCCCCUCCUCCAGCCUCUCACACGCAUAUGCCCAGGGAGGGUGGACCCUCCUGCAUAAAGCCCAUUGCAGCACAGAGAGAAAGGUCUGUCUGCGUCGGCAGUGCCUGGAGAAGAAGCCUCACCAUGGAAGGGCAGAGACUCUCAUCCUAUGGGAGGCGCUUUGGCUCACAGGCCGUCCACCAGGCCCUGAGAAUCUCGCCUGGCCACAGGUAUCUGUCUUCCAGCCCCACCACCCGGGUAUCCGUCACGAAGCUGAAGACUGCCAGCCUCAGCUUCCGUGCUGGCACCAAAUACGCUCCCAAGAUGGAUUUCUCCUUGGCAGAUGCCCUCAACACCGAAUUCAAGGAGACCCGCACCAAUGAGAAGGUGGAGAUGAUGGAGCUGAACGACCGCUUUGCCAGCUACAUCGAGAAGGUCCGCUUCCUGGAACAGCAGAACAAAGUCCUGGUGGCAGAACUCAACCAGAUCCGAGACAAGGAGCCCACCAAGCUCGCUGACAUCUACCAGGAGGAGCUGAGGGAGCUGCGCCGCCAAGUAGACCAGCUCUCCAACUCCAAGGCCCGGAUGGAGAUCGAGAGGGACAACCUGCUGGAGGACCUCAAUAAUCUCCGGCAAAAGUUACAGGAUGAAAUUAAUCUGCGCCUUGAAGCCGAAAACAAUUUAUCUUCCUACCGACAGGACGUUGAUGAUGCAGCUUUAGCCCGGAUAGACCUGGAACGCAAAAUUGAAUCACUGCAGGAGGAGAUAAACUUCAUGAAGAAAGUCCAUGAUGAGGAGUUGCGAGAGUUGCAGGAGCAGCUACAGCAGCAGCAAGUUCACAUUGAGAUGGACAUGGCCAAACCAGACUUGACUGCUGCCCUGAGAGAGAUUCGCAUCCAGUAUGAGUCCAUGGCCUCAAACAACAUGCAUGAGACUGAAGAAUGGUACAAAUCUAAGUUUGCAGACCUGACUGAUGCAGCGGCACGAAACAUUGAGGCCUUGCGCUUGGCCAAGCAAGAAGCCAAUGAUUAUCGCCGGCAACUGCAGGCUCUCACUUGUGACUUGGAGUCCCUGCGAGGAUCAAAUGAAUCCCUGGAGAGGCAGUUGAGGGAGAUGGAAGAUCGUUAUGCCCUCGAGACGGCCAGCUACCAGGACACGGUGAUCCGGUUGGAGGAAGACACCAGGAGUCUCAAGGAGGAAAUGGCCCGGCACCUCCAGGAAUAUCAGGACCUCCUCAAUGUCAAACUGGCAUUGGACAUUGAGAUUGCCACUUAUCGCAAACUCCUAGAGGGAGAGGAAAGCAGGAUCACUAUUCCAGUCCAGACCUUCUCCAACCUUCAGAUCCGAGAAACAAGUCUGGACACAAAGUCCGUUUCUGAGGCCCACCUGAAGAGGAGCAUUGUGGUCAAAACAGUGGAAACAAGAGAUGGAGAGGUGAUCAAGGAAUCCACCCAGGAGCACAAGGAAGUGGCGUGAAGCCAGCAGCCAUGAAGUAAAAGCCACAUUAGUGGAGCAGGGGAGGAUGCUUGUAGCUGUAGGACGCUAGAAGAGUCUGAUUUCCUGCUGAUGCUUCUAUGCCAUGGUCCUCCUGGAUAUGCAGCAACCAUUCUGGACAUGCCAUUGUUGGAGAAUCAGCAAGGGGUGGGGAAUAUGUGCAAAUCUAACUAUUCAAGAGCAAGAAUAACUCGCUGCCAAUUGCAUCUCUGUAGUCUGAUGCUUCAGCCCGUCACAGGCAUGUUUGAGGCCUCCUACUGUCUCUCAUCUUGCCUGCUUCAAUUGCUGUGCAUUUUUAACCUAUCUGAACAGGCAGGGUAUUUAGACCAGGCCAUCGCUUGCCUAGAUAACAUCUUGGUCCUGACACCAAAAUCUGAUGCUUCUCAAUAAACCUACUAAUGAAUAUAAUCCAUUUUUAUUGUUGCUAAUGGGAAGGUGUUAUGGUAUGGUGUGUUUAUGUAUGAAUGAGAGACCCUGAACCAGAGAGACCCAGAAUGGCUGUAUUCCAAGGAGAAUAGCAAUAGCAAACACCCAAAGCCAGCCAGUCUGCCCAAAAAUAUAUCCCUUAGAUCUAUCACUAUCCUGUAGAUAUUAGCCCUGAUUAGGAUUGAAACAUACUCACUUUUGUGUAUGAAGGAGUUGAUUACCUGAGUUCCCCCAGCUCCCCAGGGCUGUUAGCCUAGGGUUGAUUCCUCUCUCUCUCUCUCUAGCAGGAUUUCGGUGCCAGUAACAACAAUAACAACACUAACAACAACAUGUCACAGAAAUUCACCAGCGGAAUUGUGCCAACAUGGAGAUAGAGUUAUUAUGAAAAACUGCCCCUAUUUCAUUUUUCCCUGUGAACAGCUGAUAAAGGCACUGGAGCCCUGCUAGCAAUAAAACACCAGCAGCCCCAUAUAAGGCAUUGCACAGUUCCAUUCAAUGCAGAUAGCAUCUGAAAGCAUUUCCAUCUGCAUUUCAUCUGCUUUCAAGACAAAUAUAGAUAAUGUUAUUAGAAACAUCUGUCUUGUGUCUUCACAUUCCAGCAUCUCGGUUCUGGACCACUCCCGUGCACAUAUGAUCCUGUUUUACAUUCCCUGGGAGUAUUAACCACCACCACCACCAAAGAGAGGUUUGGGGUGGCAUCCAGCUGUGCUUCCUCACAUAGACUUUACCCCAAUAUUUUAUUUGUGAAGACUCCGUAGAUGGAUUUUGGUUUUGUAUGCAGUUUGACUGACUGUCAUAUUUGGAAUUGGAAGGAAGUGUACCCCCAAACCCCAAUCAAAUUUGAUUAGUGACUCUGAGAUUUCCCCCUUGUUUUCAUGUGUAAUAUGUGACUUGGGCCACUUGUUGGAGUCACUGAGCUGUCUGCUUUGUUGGUACCUUUUCUACAGUGCCCUCCUUCCUAUUCUCCCUUUGUGGCCUAAUGUAAUCAAGGUUGAGCUGUGGCAGGACUGGUGUCCAGCUAGUUCUGUCCUGGAGCACUGUUUAAGACUAGCUAGCUUUUGGAUACCUUCUAAACUGAUGCCCCUAUGUUUUAUUGGAUCCGUAAAGUAUAUACAUUGUGGCUCAAGUAAAUAAGUGAGGCAGUGGUGUUCUUAGGAAUGCUUCCAGUCGUUUGAUCAAUCAGCAGAACUACCACGUGUCGUCCCAGAUGAGUAGCAUGCAAUGCAAAAUGAAGUACACUGAUGGGAAUGAGAAUGAAGGAUAGCGGAGGAGUAGAAGAGAGAAAGGCAAAGUGAAGGCUGGGGAGGACAGGGACAUAUUGUGGGGGGUGGGUGGAAUCCAAGGGAGAGGCACCUGGAGAGGUUAUACAGAGAGAAAAGCUUGGCAGAACUUUAUAUAUAUUGAGCUUAGUGAAAAUAUAACAAGGAGAUAUGGCCAUCACUUCUAAAAGGUUGCCUUAAACAUUUGCUUACUCUAUUUUGAGGGCUCACAAUUGAGGGCAGGUUAUAUUUUUAAAGUAUAAUUAUUCUCCUGAGGAGGUGGAUUUAGGAAAGACAGCUGCUUCAACUUGAAGCAAAGCAGAAUUCUGCUGCUGCAUAUCAGAAAAGGCAAAAGUGAGUGGGCAACGGAUGUGGAGUCUGUUAGUGGAGCUUCCCAUUAAGAGAUUGUACCAAUGUCUGUUCUAAUUCUAUGGGAUACAGUCAUCACAGGACUAGACAACCUACAAAGUAAGAGUUGGAGAGGGAACAAGAGGUCAGCUGGUCCAGUCCUUCUGCCCUUUCUUCCUCUGAACUGAGGGAAGGACUUAUCCAGCCCAGAGCAGAUCAACAUGCAAAUGAUCAAAAUGAUCAUUCCAACUCUAUCAUUCUGCGGGCAUGCAAAGCAGCAGACAACUUUGCUUAUCCACUACAGAAUGCGUGACAGGAUAUGAAACCUGGGAAAUUGUAUUUUUUAAAGCCCAGCAAGCUUCCAGUCAUUACAUCUGUAAGGGGAAAAAGAUAAACCUAUGCAGGCUCAAGUCCUGGAUGAAAGAAAGAGGUUGCUUCCAUAUUUGCUCGUUUAUCAAGAAUUCCCAUCCUUAGUUCAUGCACUCUUUAGGGAGUCCAACCAAUAUUGCUACUAAUCAUUGCCGUCCAAUGGUUUCCCUGGUGUGAUCCCUUUAAAAAAAAAAAAAAACUUAGUUUGUUGUGACUUUUCUGCCUUUACACAGAACAGCCUUUCAUGUGUGGAUGGGCAAAAUGCUAUUGAUAUUGUUUGCACUCCUUUAUAAGAUUACGUAUUUAGCUUGCCUUGUUUUUGUUUUUCUAAAUUUUAAAUGCUUGUUACUUUGUCAUUGAACUACGUUGCAAGUGCAGCAAUAAAAAUUAUUGUUUUCCACAGUA